UUAUAAUGGAACCAAUGUCUGUCUGGCAGCAGAGAUGACACGGAAAAAAGCUGUCAGUACAUCCGGUGCCACCAGGCAAAGGGCCUGGUGGCGUUUGCGACAGCAAUGGAGGAUGUUGGGGAUGUUUGAGAUCAACCCAGAGCAUGAAUUCUAUCAUUUUACAUCCAUAAUAAAAGAAGGCAUGCAGGCUGUGAUCCAGGCCUCCAUCGACACACCACCUGAGGAUACACUCACAGAGGAGCAUUAUAAAGCAGAGGAAACUCAAACCCAUGAGGGCUUUGAGAUACAGACGUUUGCAGCACCAGUGUUUGCUAAACUGAGGCAUUCACUGGACAUCACAGAGAAGGAAUACCUGGACUCACUCUGCUUGGGUGGCUACUACCUCCAGUUUGUCAGCAACUCCAAAAGCAAGGCAGAUUUCUUUGUCACGAAUGACAAGCGGUUCUUCCUAAAGACCCAGAGCAGACGGGAGAUCAGGUUUCUCCUGUCCAAUCUGCAGGCAUACAUGGACCACCUGGAGAAAUACCCUCACUCACUGAUGGUGAGAUUUCUAGGUGUCUACAGGAUUGUUAUUCCAAAUCAAAUAAAGAAGUACUUGAUCGUGAUGCAGAGUGUGUUUUACCCUGAUGAGAGGAUCAAUAUCAGAUACGACAUUAAAGGCUGUGAAUUGGGUAGAUGGACUAACCCUGACACUGGGGGAAAACAAAUGAUAAAAGUGCUGAAGGACAAUAACUUUGAAGGGCAGUACAUUGCAUUAGGUCAAGACAAACCCUGGUUUGCUGAUCAAGUGAAAGCGGACGCUACCUUUCUUCAGGAGCUCAAUGUGCUGGACUACAGUCUCCUGCUGGCCAAUCAACCUCUGCACCGAGACGAGCUUGAAGGAAAACGCUCUUUGGCAAAUAUCGUUGUUCGUGCCACAAAGUCUUUGGACUUAGUUAGUCCCACAGAGGACCCCCCCACCAUCCCACUACUGUCAGAGACCCGGGGUGAGAGGGUACCUGAUACCACAGACAGUGGGUCAGGCCAGCCACAGGCAGCAGCUGACAGUGCUAGUGAAGGGAUCCCCCUCCAGGAUAUAAACUGGACGGCUAAAGAAACCAGGACCGACUCAGUGCUCCAGGAUUUUCAGGAGCAUCAUCACAGGCUUCUGCCCAAUUGCAAAAAUGCCAUUCAUGUGAUUGAUGGGCCGGAUCAACGCUACUUUGUCGGCAUCAUUGACAUUUUUACCGUCUUCAACUGCAAGAAAAAACUGGAGAACCUGUGGAAAAGCCUCCGUUACCCAGGCAGAGCCUUUUCCACGAUGAGACCAACCAAGUACUCACGCAGAUUCUGUCAGUGGAUACAGGACCACACUCAAUGAGAAAUAACAAAAACCCAUUCAUCACUGCAUAAAACACCAUCUGCUAUAUAACCCCCAAUGUCCACUGGAUGGGGCUGUGACUCUGAAGUUUGUAAUUCAUUAUACUGAGUGGUCAAAAGCCAAUUGGUCUAAGACAUUUGGACUCUACUCUAAAUACCUGUUUUCUUAUUUCAAUUUUCAAUGAUAUGACCACAAGAGUAAGUAAAACAAUUAAAAGUGACUGCACAUGUGUGAGUGUAACUUGAAGUUGUUAUACUUGCAGAUGGCUUUAAGAUGCUUUUGAAACACACUAGUUGUUGUGCAUGAGUUCUAAAAAUGUUGCUUGAAUUAUGCUACAUUAUUGUAAAUGAACCACACUGUUGGGACCUGGUAUCUGUGAACCAUAGUUGGGCCUACAUGUGUAGUUAAAAGCCUGACUGCAUGUCUCCUUUGCUCUGGAGACAAAGGAGAGCUUCCUGAACCCGGUCUCCCAGGGUGCUUCAUCUUCACACAUAGGUGGUAAAACUGCUCCUGGAGACAACUCUCAACCACUAUCGUUCACUGUGUGCCCCAUGACCCAUGAGGUCACCAGGCCAAUAUAAGCCGACUUUCCCCUCUGCUAGUUUUUUUCCCCCUCUUCACUCUUUCCUCUUCACUCUUCGCCCUUCGGCCUCUUCCCCUGCUGACCGCUCCUGGAGGAGUAGGUUCUGGCCCUGCUCUCCCAGCCAGGGAGACUUCCUCCAUCCACAAGCUCCUCAACUUCAAGCAGGCCUGCCUAGAGCAGACUGCUAAAACCUUCCAAAGGCAGUGACGCGAGAGCCUGCCUAAGAACUUCAGCACAACUGGCCAAGACACAAGGUCUGACCAGCAGAUGCACAACAGGAUCCACAAAUCAACAAGACCA